CCGUCUCAUCUCAUAAUCUCCUCAAACAUGGAGCACACCGGCUGCGUCAACAUCUGCAGUCUCACCAGCACCUUACCGGUGAUCCCGUAUCGGAAACUAACGGACCUGCACUAUAUCAGUAAGGGAGGCUUCGGGACCGUGUUCAGGGCGCAGCACAGCGACUGGCGCACCACGGUGGCGAUCAAGUGCUUGAAACUGGAUUCACCGGUUGGUGAGAGGUGGGUUCAAAUAGCUGAUUUUGGCUUAUCUAAAUGGCGCCAGCUCUCUAUCACUAAAGGGUCCGGCUCCAAACCUGCUGAAAUGGGAGGCACGGUCAUCUAUAUGCCACCUGAGGAGUAUGAACCUUCCAAGAACCGCAGAGCUGAUGUCAAAUAUGACGUGUACAGUUACGCCAUCAUCAUGUGGGAAGUGCUUUCAAGACGGAUACCAUAUGAAGAGGCCACCAAUCCCAUGCAGAUCAUGUUCAGCGUUCUCCGCGGAUCGCGACCCGACACGGACCUGGACAGUCUGCCAGCAGACAUCCCCAGCCGAGAGACCCUCAUUAACCUCAUGACCUGCGGCUGGACCGCCAACCCAGAUGAACGGCCCUCCUUCCUCAAUUGUCUUAUUGAACUGGAGCCCAUGAUGAGAAGAUUUGAUGAGAUUGAUUUCUUGGAAGCAGUGUUGGAAGUCAAACGAAGUAAGUAUAUGAGGCCAUCAAGCUGCUGCUCAUCGACUCAAACAAACGGAAAAAGAAUUGAGGAAAAGAUUGUGAAGGAGCAAAAUGUCCCUUGGCCAGACAACAGUUCCACAUCUGGAUCAGGAUCCUGCUCUUCCCAGGAAGCAGAAAUGUCCCAUCCGGGCUUCCUUACCAUAUCAAAUCCCUCUCGAGGUGUGUCAGGUGCUCAGGCUGGCCCGCAGGCAUCAUUAAUGUCACUUCCACUUGAUUCUCCAAAGCCUCUUGUGGACCACUGCUCUCGGAACAACCUCAGUCCCGAAUACCAGACGGCGCAGCCUGUGUCCGACCUCAACAUACCUUUUAAACCGCAUACGCCUCAGAGUGAAAGCGACCUGGCUCUUGCCAUACAACCCCUCACGCUGCAGCCACACCCACAAGAUUUUGUCACAGCUUCGGACACUCAAGGUCCGGCGGCUCGCUGGAUUGCUGCCCGAAGGGAGGACAUCGUGCGGCAGAUGACGGAGGCGUGUCUCAAUCAGAGUUUAGACGCUCUGUUGUCCCGUGAGUUGCUGAUGCGCGAGGACUAUGAACUGGUCGUGAACCAGCCCACGCGUACCGCCAAAGUGCGGAAGCUUCUGGACACUUGCGAGCGGCAUAGCGAGGACUUCUGCCGUGUGGUUGUGCGGAAGCUCCAGGACAACAAACAGAUGGGCCUGCAUCCCUACCCCGACCUCGGCACCACCAGCCCUCCGCCGCCACCUUAUACAGCCCCCAGCGCCCCCUUCCUCUCCCACUCCUUCAACAACACACGAAACUUCUGACCUUCUCCCAGCUCCCAAUCACUUCUCUUGAACCGGAGCUCCUUGAGUCCUUCUUUCAGUUAAGGAUGGUUCCUGUUCACACGCUCUUACAUUUGUUUGUGCUGCUUGGCCGAUACGUUGUGUGCCUGGACAAGUGCUUUUGCCCCUGUGGUUAAGGUGUUGGUGCCUAUGACACACUUUUUAUGGUAUCAACUUGAACGCAUCGUACAAGGCCGACUAUGGUGAAAUAAUCACUUGGCUUGUGUUGACGUAAUGCCUAAAUCCUUGAUUAAAGGGAUGCAAAUUUAAGCAGUACGGUGGUUUGACAUCGUCACGUUUAAACCUUUAUUCCAGCCAUCAAAAGAAUCUGGUUGCUGCUACUUGGAAAAUCAGUGAAACGCCUAAGCAAUCGAUCCUGCACUUUUUUUCAUGCCAGCGAACUUGGUAAAAUAGAAGACUUGAGGUAAAGUUAUAAAGAAAUACACACCCUCCUGUAAUGCCAAGUAACGUCCAUAUUACUGCACAGUUACAUGUCUGGACUUGAUGAUAAACUCAUGUGAAUCUGUGGUUUCGUUCUUCCUUGUUUCCCACAGCGAGGGCUGUUCGUUGUUUCGCUUUGUGUUGAA